AGUUACUCCUUCCUCCUGGUAACUAGUUGGGUUUAGUGUCUCACUGGGCAGCCAGACUAGUCAUGUACAGAAGGAUCUCAAGGACAGUGAAAGCCGAGGCUGCACUAUGCUCCGCAUAUGUCCAUUCCGCCCUGCAGCGGGGCGAUAUGUGCGGGGGGCGGCUAUCGGCGUACGCCGACAUGCCGCAGCCUUUCACCCAGUUAGUCCAAGGUCGGCUCCGCAGGAUGAUGUCCAUCAGCUCGAUGAGCACCGGGUGCGCCGGGGGACGUCCGAUCGGCGCUUUCCCGGUCCUGCUUGGGGAUCUACAGCCUAUCCACCGGCAUGUGUACGAGGCGAACCUGCGAAACAGCGUGAGGUGCCAUGUGAAGUACAUGGAGUGUGCAGAGAAGGUGCGAAAGGGAGGUGGUGAUAAUGCAAUAGCUCGCCAUACUCAAAGGAACAAGAAACUGCUGGUGAGGGACCGACUGGGCCUACUGCUGGAUGGGAAGGACUUUCUGGAGCUCUCCCCCUUUGCCGGCCUGGGCUUGCCCUAUGGGGACAUCCCGUCAGCUGGCUGCGUAACUGGCAUUGGGAAAGUCUGUGGCUUGUGGUGCGUGUUCAUUGCCAACGAUGCCACGGUGAAGGGGGGCACGGCAUACCCCAUCACAGUGAGGAAGCAGCUCCGAGCUCAGGAGGUGGCCAUGCAGAACCGCCUGCCCUGCAUCUACUUGGUGGACAGCGGGGGCGCCUUCCUGCCUCUUCAGUCAGACAUCUUUCCUGACAAGAACCACGGCGGCCGUACUUUUUACAAUGAAGCAGUGAUGUCUGCCAUGAACGUCCCGCAGGUAGCUGUGGUUUGUGGGUCCUGCACAGCAGGUGGCGCCUACGUGCCCACUAUGGCUGAGGAGGCCGUCAUGGUGCACAGGAUCGGGACCGUUUUCCUAGGGGGGCCGCCGCUGGUUAAGGCAGCCACCGGCGAGGAGGUUUCUCCAGAGGAUCUGGGAGGGGCCCGUUUGCAUGCUGAAGUGAGUGGCUGCGUGGACCACUUUGCCCAAGUGGAGACUGAGGCUUACGAAUGCACCAGAAACAUCAUCUCCACGCUUAAUUAUGAGCUUCCCGGUGGCACUGACGUCAGCGUGGAGCAACCACUUUACCGUAUGGAGGAGCUGAGAGGUUUGGCUCCGAAAGAUUACAGCCACUGCUUGGAUGUCAGGCUGAUUCUGAGCCGCCUGACUGAUGGCAGCCGGUUUCAGGAAUUCAAAGCUCGCUACGGAACGACACUCGUUGCUGGAUUUGGCAGAAUUGAAGGACAUCUGAUCGGCAUUGUGGCAAACAAUGGAGAGCUGAGGUAUGAAGCAGCACUGAAAGGAAGCCACUUCGUUCAGCUCUGCGACCAGCGAGAUAUUCCCAUAAUAUUCCUGCAGAACACGCCUCCAGGUCUGGCCCACACUCUGACGGCAGUCCAGGCGGGGUUCAACACCAACCGGCUGAAGGCCCAGAGCUCUAUGAUCUCAGCCGUAGCCUGCUCCUCCAUGCCAAAGAUCACCGUGGUCAUUGGAGGGUGUCAUGGACCUGAGAGUUAUGCCAUGUGUGGCAGGUCCUUUGACCCCAACUUCUUGUUCCUGUGGCCCAAUGCCAGGGUGUCGCUGGUGGCUCCUGGGCAUUCUGGAGCUCUGCUUGGAGAGCGAGAUGAGAUCCAGAGCAUCGACGACAUGUUAGAUGAGGAAAGUUCUGCUUUCUUUUCAACUGGAAGACUUUGGGAUGAUGGUGUGAUUCUGCCCCAAGACACUAGAAAGGUGUUGAGCAAUUGUUUGACGAUCAUGAAGCAACAAAACUACCAGACUUCCAAAGGAAGAGAAACCUCUCCAGUUCUACGGAUAUGACUCUGCUUUUGUGCAUCAAUACCAAGGUGCUGAUUUCAGGUGUUUUUUGUUUUUACAUCUGUACAUGAAGUUUUAUGAAAAGCAUUAUACAGCCUAAUGACAAAUUUGGGCUGCUUACCUUAUAUUUUACUUAUUUACACCUUGUCUGUGAUGUUCCAGUUUGAUAUUUUGUCAAUGAUAAAUAUACAGACAAAUGUUCUUCUUUUUUCAGUGAUGCAAAACACGAAGUUCAUUGCCGCUAUUUUUGACUUAAUUUCAUAGAUUCUCAAUAGAAUUAAUUUGAAAUUCUGUGAAUAAAUAAAUCUGCAAAGCUUAAAAUUGGUAAAAAUUCUCACACUGUUGGUGUGGAAUAGGGUUGGGCAAUAUAAAUGACGUAUUGACUUAUUGUCAUAUGAAAUUUAAAGAAAAUGAUAAACUUGGGUAAACUGUCAAUUAGGAACAUUGCUUUAGAGCACUUAUCAGCCUAUCACAUCACAGAAACAAACACAGUUCGAACCAAUCAUAUGGCAAUCUUUUAAAAAUGGACAACCUACACCCAAGAAACACACAGCAAGUUUGGCUGAGUUAGCAAGGUAAAAGGUAAAAAGUGGGUAGUGUGCUGAUACUAUGACAAUUUAAAGUGUGAUUCACAACAGAGUGGUGCCGUCUACUGUAAACUUGUGCUAGCUAAAAAUAUUGUGACCUUAUUUCACUGCUUGAAGCAUUGUUGUCCAGUACAGCAUGAAUGUGCUUAGAAUCAUAAACACAAGCAAUUAGGGUUUCCAUUUAUAAUCGGAAGAAAUGCAGAACGCUGUCCCUGAUCACAAAUAAGAGGGCAAAUGGUGCGUUUUGUAUUAGUUCAAAAUGGAAUACAGCACUUUUAGUCUUCAGUAUGGGAAAGUCCUCUAAAAUACAGGAUGGGCGGCAACUCUAACAUGUCAGACAUGUUCGCUGAAAUGAGCAGGGAGGCAGUCAGAGGAGAAUCCCAGCAACAUACCAUACUGUUGGCAUUUUCUGGUGUUACACCCUGCCAAGGUUAUCAUUAAUGAACAUUGUCAGAAAACAUUUUCUUAAUUGAAAUAAAAUUUAAAAGCUAUAACUAUAUGGGAAAAUAUGAAUUAUUGCUUCCAAAACUAACUGAAAUGUCAAGUAUGUCCAAUUACUGUUUAAAAAUACUAUUUAGCUAAAGCAGUGAUUUUGUUCAUUGUAUCUCCUUGAUGGAAAGCAUUCAAGGAAAACUAAUCCAAUAUAUUGCCUUCAAAUGACGAUUAACAAGACCACAGACAUGUUUUAAGUGCUUAAUGUACACUGUGUAUUCAUAUUAGAUUCUCUAAAGAUAUGAGAAACACGGUAACUCCACUCAUUCGUUCAUUCAUUCGUUCCCUAGACAUAAAAUUACUAAAACCUAAAAUAUAUAAAAACCAAAUGGAAAUGUCUUUAACAUAAAACCACACCGAAAACUAAGUAAAACAAAACUGAAUUUCAAAUGAAAAAAUGAAACUAAAAAAUAAGAAUUAAAUUAUAUAAUUCAAAACUAACUCUCAUUAAUUAUGCGUUUUAUUAGCAUUAUAUUAGAGUUUGCGGACUAGUUCAAUGUGUCGUCCUUUUCAUGUUCUGAAUCUCUAAGCGGAGUCCUAAGGGAAUUUUAAGAAAGAAAUGGAGCCUUGUACUAAAGAAAUAAUGACUUGAAUCAUGUCGUCAUAAUUGUAUAUAUAAAAUACCCAAAAAUGACCCCGAUAAAAUAUUUUGCCAUAUUGCCCCAUCCUAACACUGACUACGCUUACCUUGUCAAAGCAUAACAUUUAGUUUUUUUUACUAUAUUUGUAUUUUAUAAUUUUAUAAUUAUUGCAUAAUUUAUGGACAUCUAACAACUUUAAGGAAAGGUAUAAAUGCUUUUCUAAGGAUCUGUGUAGUCCGACUGUGAAUGUUGUCUUGACUGACUGACUUGCGCCUUGACAGGCAUGUUUUUAGAGACACAGUUACCAUUUUGGAAAACCACUGUCCUUUUGACAAAUAAAAGAGCAAUUGACGACUCAACAAAA